AGGAGCAGUCGGGAACAGGCUCACUUCCUCCUGGUCUCCAGCACAGCUUCCCGCAGCUUUUGAAAGGUGGGAGACUCUGAAAACGCCCCUCGGAGCAACCAUGUCCCGGUCCGUGAGUUUCAGCUCUCGCUCGGCGGCCGUCCCGGGGAUCAGCCAAGUGCGGGUCAGCACCGUCUCCUCCACCCGGGGGGUCGGAGGAGGUCCCGGCUUGAGCAGAGCCGGUGGCUUCGGUAGCUCCAGCCUCUACAACCUGGGCUCCACCAACAAGCGGAUCUCCCUUGGAGGUGGCAGCUCCUACAGCGUCCGCUCUGGAUACGGCUACGGGGGCAUGGGAUUCGGUGGGGCGCUCAGCCCUGGGGGCAUCCAGGAGGUGACCAUCAACCAGAGCCUCCUGACCCCCCUCAACCUGGAGAUCGACCCCAACAUCCAGCGGGUGCGGAAGGAGGAGAAGGAGCAGAUCAAGACCCUCAACAACAGAUUCGCCUCCUUCAUCGACAAGGUCCGGUUCCUGGAGCAGCAAAACAAAAUGCUGGAGACCAAAUGGAGCCUCCUCCAGGACCAAAAAACCGCCCGGAGCAACAUCGCUCCCAUGUUCGAGACGUACAUCAGCAACCUGCGCCGGCAGCUGGACGGGCUGCUGAGUGACAAAGGGCGUUUGGAGGGCGAGCUGAAGAACAUGCAGGAUCUUGUUGAGGAUUUCAAGACCAAGUACGAAGACGAAAUCAACAGGCGCACGGCAGCAGAGAACGAGUUUGUGGUGCUCAAGAAGGAUGUGGAUGCCGCCUACCUGAACAAAGUGGAGCUGGAGGCCAAGGUGGAUGCGCUGACAGAUGAGAUUAACUUCCUGAGGUCUCUCUACGAGGCGGAGCUUAAUGAGCUGCAGGCCCAGAUCUCCGACACCUCCGUGGUCCUCUCCAUGGAUAACAGUCGAAACCUGGACCUGGACAGCAUCAUCGCCGAGGUCAAAGCACAGUACGAGGACAUCGCCAACCGGAGCCGGGCAGAGGCUGAGUCCUGGUACCAGAGCAAGUACGAGGCACUGCAGGUCACGGCUGGCAAACACGGAGACGACCUGCGCAACACCAAGAACGAGAUCUCGGAGAUAAACCGCAUGAUCCAGCGGCUGCAGGGGGAGAUCGAGAACGCCAAGGCCCAGCGCGCCAAGAUGGAAGCAGCCAUUGCCGAAGCCGAAGAACGCGGGGAAUUGGCCAUCAAGGAUGCCAAGGCAAAGCUGGAGGAGCUGGAGGCCGCCCUGCAGAAGGCCAAGCAGGACAUGGCCCGGCAGCUCCGCGAGUACCAGGAGCUGAUGAACGUCAAGCUGGCCCUGGACAUCGAGAUCGCGACCUACAGGAAGCUGCUGGAGGGAGAGGAGAGCAGGUUGGCUGGGGAUGGAGUUGGCAACGUCAACAUCUCCGUGGUCAGCUCCAGCGGUGGAGGCAGCUACGCCAGUUCCGGCGGGUUCCUGAGCGGAGGAAUCGGAGGAGGCCUCGGGCUGGGAGCAGGGAUGGGCAGCGGGGCCCUCGGCUUCUCCUCGGGGGGGGGCUCCAAAUCCUACACCGUCACCACCACCUCGUCCAGCAGGAGAAGCGUCAGGAAGUAACGACGGGAAGGAAGAUCAGCAGCACCCAGGCCACGGGAGGAGGGAAACCAGAGAGAGAAAAGUUCCGGUGCUUUUUUAGAGGACAAAUUGGCUGCAAAAUUGCUGCAGUGACGAAUGAAUUGGAAUAAGAGAUCCCCGAGCACCCGCCCCCACCACGUCCCGCCUGAGGCUUGACCCUGCGCUGUUGAUCCUGGUGGGAACCGUCCCACCGAGAGCCAGAUCCAAGCCUGGGGGGGGACAUUAUCCAGGGGGGCAGGCGGUAUGAGGCUUCUGUUACUUGUGUGCUUGGUACCCCCUGCUCAGGGCUGGAUUUCACCCUUCGAAGGGCAAAGCAAUCAUUUGAGUGGCAAAUUAUUCCGUGUUUCUGCUGAGGUUUUGCAAAAGAGACCCAAAGAUUAUCCCCUUCUUAUUAUCAUUUGGAAGACCUUGUUCCCUUGAGCUCCUCAGAAAAUGCCAACCCUUGUUAAGAUUCAGGCCUGGGUUUGUUUUCCCUAAAGUAUACCGAGAAGAAAACAGUGAAACUGUGCUGGGUUUUCUCCUUAUUUUCUUUGGAAAUGGGCUCAGAAAUGGAAUUUGACAGUUCUCCUCUGAAUGAAGCUGGUUCCUUACCAAAGGCAAUGCAGACACAUUUGCUUUCAGGUCCUUUUAAGACCAAGUAACUCAUAAACCAGCUCCUCUACCCCUUUCUUUCUCCUUAAAAGGAAGCCCAAAGCUUGAGGGAUAUGAAGUUGCUUAAAAUGGGAGAUAAGAUUCCCCAUCCUCGAGUGUCUCUGCCACCUUCUAUCUAUCCCUAGUGAUAUCCCAUGGCUUUCCUACAGCCAGGGAAAAAGUGUGUUUCGUUGCUGCAUCCCUGCCAAAAUGUGUCUUCAACUGAAACACGCCAGGGAAGAUCGUUAGGUUGUUCCUGCAGUUAGGGAAAUAACUCAAACUGCACGGAAUUGUGCCGCCUGCUCAGCCCUGUCCCAGCAGUGUCCCUUUGGGUGACAUUUUAUUAUGUCUUUUGUGGUCUGAGACCUUUUCUUGGGGCCAUCAAUAAAGUUUCCCUAUUGCGUGCUUC